AACCCCUCAAGAAAUAUCAUUCCAGAGAGAAAGAAAAGAGAAGAGAAAGAGAAAGAGAAAGAAAAUGUUUGCAGCAGAGAAUGGGCUCAGAGGUGACCCAAGGCUUAAGGGCAUUUUUGAGGCCAUUAGAGUCAUUCCUCACUUCCCUAAACCAGGGAUAAUGUUCCAAGACAUCACAACUUUGCUGUUGAAUCAUAAGGCCUUCAAAGACACUGUUGACAUUUUUGUUGAUAGAUACAAAGACAUGGGCAUCUCUGUUGUUGCUGGAAUUGAAGCUAGAGGAUUCAUGUUUGGCCCGUCAAUCGCCCUAGCUAUUGGAGCUAAGUUUGUUCCAUUACGCAAGCCGGGGAAAUUGCCAGGCGAACUGAUAUCAGAAUCGUAUGAACUGGAAUAUGGACAAGAUCGUUUGGAUAUGCACGUUGGGGCAGUGCAAAAGGGGGACCGUGCUGUUGUAAUUGACGAUUUGGUAGCUACGGGCGGGACUCUUUCUGCUGCAAUAAAACUGCUUGAGCGAAUGGGAGCUGAGGUGGUCGAAUGCGGUUGUGUCAUUGGCUUGCCAGAAGUUAAGGGGCAAAGCAGGCUAAAAGGAAAACCAGUCUAUAUACUUGUCGAGCCACGAGAAUUAGGAGAUUGAUGUUGAGAAAGGAAAAUGAUAUGGUGGUUGAUAUGUCAAGAAGAUAUUGUGUUUGGCCGAAAAGCUUCUGGAUUCUGAAUCGUCGCAUGGCUGGGCCGAGGCUUUGGCUAGUUAAUUUUAAAUGUGUACCCUCUUAUUUUCAUUGCUUGAACCUAAAUGAUGUGUAGAGCUCAAGAACUACUUUUCCUUUCAUUGAUUUAAGCCAUGAUAUGGUUCAUGU